CCGGAUCGGUUUCAGGUUGAGACGUAGCUAACCCGGUCAUUUUUUCCACCUCUUAGAUAAGAUCAAAAAUAGACGACGAAAAACUGAAAAAUGUACGCCCAGAUGAAGUUGGAAAAUGGCGGGAAUCUGUUACUUUGCUCAACCCAAUCCAACCCUCCAUCUCAAGAGAGUUCAUUGCGUCAAAUGCUGCUCAGCCACGCCGGAUAAUGAUCCCAAUAACAGAACAAGAACCCCGCAGUUUUUGAAGUUGGCAGUAAGUGGAGUGACUGAGCUCCUCAGGCUGUUCUCCUCGUUUGACAAAGACAGAUCAGAUAGGGUGAAUUAUGGACAAAAAGAGGAGAUUUCAAUUUCGUGUAUUGAUGAUGUAGUAACUACACUGAAGACUGAUUAUGAGAAUGCUUAUUUUGUUACAGGGAUUUUCACUUCUGAAAUAUAUGAUGAAGAUUGUAUAUUUGAAGAUCCGACUAUUAGAUUUCAAGGUACGGAGCUGUAUUCACGCAACCUGAAAUUACUUGUUCCUUUCUUUGAAUUUCCUUCAAUUGGAUUGCAAAAGAUUGAGAAGGGUGCCAACUCUAAUAAUGAUUUUGUUCUGGCGACAUGGAAACUGAGAACCUACCUGAAACUUCCUUGGAGACCUCUCAUUUCUAUUGAUGGAAACACUGUCUAUGAAUUAAAUGAUGAGCAUAAAAUUAUUCGGCAUGCUGAGAGUUGGAAUGUUUCUGCACUAGAAGCAAUUGCCCAGAUAUUCACUCCUAGUGAUAGAAAUUAACUAGUCCACAAAGAUCUGAUACUACCAUGCCAACUAAUUUCGGAGUCUGUUGUGAUAGGACUACGAGAAUAAAGCUUCUACGGUAAUUAAUGUAAAGCUCAAUAUUGCUUGUAAUUUGAUGCGUUGGUGCUCUCCUCACUACAUCAUAUUUCUAUACAUUGGAAGCUAGGAUAAGACGUUCUAGCUCCAUAAAGACAGAAUGCUCAUAGAUACUCGGCAAGUCUUUAUCUUAUCUACUCAAUUAGAAUCCUCUCUGGAGGCUUAGACUUUUCUUGCUAUGUUUAAUGCCUAGAAGAAGUAUGGUCAUGCUUUCUGGCUAACUUUAUGGCUAGUUAUAGCACAGUCAAAAAGAAUGGUUGUAGCUAUUUCUAGGAUUGUUGAGUUAAAGUAUAUUGACAUUUUACGUUUUUUUAUUAAAUGUUAAACAACAAAACAGCACAAAUCUUAUAGCACUUAACUGCUAAAUCCUUGCUAUGUUUUUAAAGGGCAGGAAGCCACAAAGUGUGAUGAUGA